GGCCGAGAACGAGCGCACGCGCGCGUGCCUGCGUGCGCGCGCGGCUCGCGGCAGCUCGGAGCCUCCGCCGGGCUGGCGGGGAGGGGGAGGGGCAGGUUCUGCUUCCCGUCAUGGCUAUCACACAGUUCCGGUUAUUUAAAGUUUGUACUUGCCUAGCCACAGUGCUGUCAUUCAUUAAGAGGUUAAUAUGCAGGUCUGGCAGAGGACGGAAAUUAAGUGGAGAUCAAAUAACUUUACCAACCACAGUGGAUUAUUCACCAGUUCCUAAGCAGUCAGAAGUUGAAGACUGGAGCUCCUGGGAUGAAGAUGCACCCACAAGUAUAAAAAUUGAAGGAGGGAAUGGCAAUGGUACAGCACAACAAAAUACAAUGGAACAGUUGGAACCUGACUAUUUUAAAGAUAUGGCACCAACUAUUAGGAAAACACAGAAAAUUAUUAUUAAGAAGAGAGAACCAUUAAAUUUUGGCAUCCCAGACGGUACUACAGGUUUCUCUAGCAGAUUAGCAGCUACACAAGAUAUUCCUUUUAUUCACCAAUCUCCUGAAUUAGGUGACUUAGAUACCUGGCAGGAGAAUACAAAUGCAUGGGAAGAAGAAGAAGAUGCAGCCUGGCAGGCAGAGGAAGUCCUGAGACAGCAGAAAAUAGCCGACAGAGAAAAGAGAGCAGCAGAACAACAAAGGAAGAAAAUGGAAAAGGAAGCACAACGACUAAUGAAGAAAGAACAAAACAAAAUUGGUGUGAAACUGUCAUAACAGAUGUUUACCAUUUCCAUUUAAAGGAUUUUGAGCUCUACAGUAUGAGCAUAAUUUGUAUGGGUUUAAGAGUAUUUUUAGAAUACAAGCAAGCUGCUUGAUUUCGAUGUGUUCAUCAGGCCAUCCAGGAUACCAGGAUUCUCCCAUUGCCACUUGAACUGCUAGUAGGUGGGACUUAGACAAAAUGAAAAGACUUUUAAGACAAUAUUUUUUUCUUCAGUAUCUUCCAAACAAAAGAAAAUUGAUUGCUGCAGAGAUUAUUGCAAAUGGGAUAUACCAGUAACUCUUCAAGUUUGUAUUUCUAGCUUGAAAAAAAUUGGGUGUAAAUAAUUUUCUGGUGGGAGAACCUACUCUGCUCUCUAUUAUGCUUUCCUUCAAUGUGUGUAAAAAAAGAAAUAAACAAUUUUAAAAAAUA